CAUCAAAAGAAUUAUGUUCACACUACAUGAAUACUAAUGAAACGAUUAAAACAAUCGUUUGUGCGCAAAAACUGGGAAUGUUAUGCAAAAUGACCAAUAAGAUACUGGUUGCGCUUGACUUUGAUCAUACAAUAAUUGAUGAAAACAGUGACCUUUUUGUUCUGAACUUGGUACCAAACAAAGAACUGCCCCAAGACAUCAAAGACAAAUACAGACAUGAUGGAUGGGUGGAAUACAUGGGAGAAAUAUUUCAGUUCCUGCACAGACACGGAAUCACAGCUAAAAGCGUAGAAGACUGCAUGCACCAGAUUCCACUUACCACAGGCAUGAUGGACCUCCUUCAAUACGUAGGAGACAGUGAAAAAUACGAAGUCAUUAUCAUAUCCGAUUCCAACUCCGUGUUCAUUGACUUCAUACUGACGAACUUCAACUUGAAACAGAAAAUCACAAAGGUGUUCACAAACCCAGCAGAGUUCUCCAAUUCGGGAUGCCUAAUGGUGAAUCGGUAUCACACUCAAGACUGGUGUGAUCUGAGCACAGUCAACCUUUGUAAAGGUCAUAUUCUUCAACAGUAUAUCCAGGAACGAAAAGAUCAAGGGAUUAACUUCUCGAAGGUGAUGUACAUCGGUGAUGGUUCCAAUGAUCUUUGUCCAGGGCUGACUCUAAGAUCACAAGAUUAUCUCUGCCCACGUUUGGGAUUUUCUUUGUUGAAGAAAAUAAGCAAGUUGCAGAAAGGUGAAGAAAAAUCACUGUCACCUCAAGUGUUGCCUUGGGACACUGCAUUAGAUAUUUUGAGUCUUCUGAAGAAUAUUGAUGCAAAAUGAGUUCUUAAACAUGGGCAUGUAUUUUAUUACCAGUAUAUUAUAACCAGCAGUAUUAAACAUUUAUACAGGCUGUCACAACAUAGGCAUACAGGUCCUAUCAUUAUCAGCGCUGGAAAGUGGCACCCAAUUUUUCCUGAAUUUUGCAAGAUGUACCUACUCUCCCCCCAAAAACAACAAACAAAAAUAAAACUACUGUGACCUUCAACCUCAUUCCCAGUUCAGAAGAAGCCUGCUACAUUUUUUUCCAUUAGCAGCAAGCGGUCUUUCCUAUGCACUUUUCCACAGAGAGGACAGCACAUAACACAGCCUGUGAUUUUCACGUUGUUUGGGACGUCAAGGUUUUUUUUCAGAAUAACUAGGCUUCAAAAGUCUUUAUUUUAGUGUUGGGGAAAUCAGUUAGAAUUUCAUUGGUUAUAAUCAGUGAUCACCAACCAAUCAACUUUCGAUUAUACAGUUGGUUAGAAUCAUGUGCGCAUGAACUACAAGGACCCUACAAUGUAAAAAUUUACCUUUAAUAGCUAAUUAAUAUCUCUUUUUUUUAUGUAGAUAUGAAAACAAACACUAACCCUAACAUAUAAUUUACACAAAUUCAAUCAUCUAAACUGGAAGAAUAAUUACAUUUAAUUAAUAACAUUUUCCCACACAGUGGAUUUUUAUAAUCAAUCAUAUUUGUAGAACCAAACUGAUCAAUUUUCAAUUAAAAUUGCAGGCCUCUGAUAAUUGAAAAUCUGCAUGACCCAUUUAUCGGUUACACAGAAAUAAAUCCAUGUCACCCAUUUCCUUUUUGUGUAACUCGUUAUAUCCAUAUAAAUGGUGAUCCAAAUUUAGUGCAAACAAAAAAUAGGUUACGCAAAAUUAGAUUUACGCAAACGACGCGAGAAUGAAACAACCGUUCUCGCAAUUUUCGGAGGCCUGAAUUGACCAUUAAAACAUCAUUACUUCAUCUUACAGUCUUGUAAAUAAACAAAUACUCACUCAAGCUUGUAUGGAACUACAUGUAUCGGAAGAAGGUAAUGACCUAGUUUUUAAAUAGUGUAAAAUAUUUUCAGCCAUUACCCAGUAUAGGCCUAUAAUUUUUUCCUGUUACCGUUGCACAUUAUUUAGAAGUUUUUUGCUUAAGUUAUUAAUUUUGGUUAAUUCACCUACCCAUUCCUCUUGCUCAGAGUUAGACUAAAUAUUACAGGGAUCAUAAUUUAAUUUUUUUUUAAAAAGAGGCAAGUAAAAUGGGCAAGUUCUGUGCAUUUCUAGUCAUUCUGGUGUUUGUAGUACUAGCUUAAAGUGCAUUUAAUACAAACCACAAAAGCUAUGAUCCUUGGAAAUUAGAGCCAGUGGCUUUAAUAGAUUAGAACAACAUCUGUACUGGGUGUAGUCGUUUUUGAGAAGCAUAACAUUAUGCCAAAAUUAUAUUUCUAAGAAUUAUUAAAUAAUAUUCCUCAUCGAUUUACUUUGAUAUAAAUUUUGAAUUGUUCGUUAGUAUUUUAAAGACAUAAUAUGUACUCUGUAAACAUUUUGGUGAGUUUUGUAAAUAUGCAUCUGUUUAUCCAUGUAUUGUAUAAUGUAUAGGGCACACAAUUUUAUGCAAACAUUUGUUAACUUUUUUUAAUAUACACAACUAAGGAAACAGUAAAGGCGUGUGAACAGAUGGAUUAUGGUAGUUAUUACUGAAACCAAAUGACCUGAAUCUUGGGUUAAAAGUAACAACCAAAAUGGUUAUGUGAGAUCUAAAUAUUUUAUGCCAUGAAGUAUAAUGCUUCACAAUAUUUAUUAUCUUAAUUGUUGUGAUGAUAUUACUGUGAUUAUAAGAUUUAAUCUUUAAACAUACCAGUUUAUGUGAAAUAUGUGCAAUAAGAUUAUGCACCGUCCCCCCACUCUAUCUUUUAAUACCCAUCGUAGCUAAUACUUUUGUUUGUUUAAUCACAUAAUGGUUAUGAAGAGUGAUUUCACUAUUUAAUGAGAUCAGCAAUAUUUUUCACGAUGCCAUUUAUUUCAACUUAUUUUCGUGCUUAGAUCCAAUUAAGGUUCAAGCACGCUGUCCUGGGCACACACCUCAGCUAUCUGGGCUGUUUGUCCAGGACAGUGGGUUAGUUGUUAGUUGGUUAGUGAG